CGUGGGCAGUUCGGGCAUUCCGCCUCGAGGGGGAGAUUUCAAAUUUACUCAAGGUCGAGCGAUCCGGGCCGUCGGGCCCGACGAGGGAGCGCGCGUGGGCCGUCGGAUGCCGGCCGUCCCCUCCGCCGCCCACGGCUAUUUAAUACCCCCGGCGCUCGCGUCGCUCCUCCCCGGCCACCACACCCCCUCCUCCCCCACCCGUCCGCUCCCCUCUCGCCGCCGAUUGUUCUGCCUGCGGGAACCAUCUCAUAUCUCGGCGAAGAUGAGGGAAAUCCUGCACAUCCAGGGUGGGCAAUGUGGCAACCAGAUCGGUGCCAAGUUCUGGGAGGUGGUGUGUGAUGAGCAUGGCAUUGACCCAACUGGGCGCUACACCGGUACCUCUGACCUGCAGUUGGAGCGUGUCAAUGUCUACUACAAUGAGGCCUCGUGUGGUCGCUUUGUGCCCCGUGCUGUUCUUAUGGACCUUGAGCCCGGUACCAUGGACAGUGUCCGCACUGGGCCUUAUGGGCAGAUCUUCCGCCCUGACAACUUUGUCUUUGGGCAAUCUGGUGCGGGUAACAACUGGGCCAAGGGCCACUACACCGAGGGUGCUGAGCUUAUCGAUUCUGUUUUGGAUGUUGUGAGGAAGGAGGCUGAGAACUGUGACUGUCUGCAAGGAUUCCAAGUAUGCCACUCUCUUGGUGGUGGUACCGGAUCUGGCAUGGGUACCCUCUUGAUAUCUAAAAUCAGGGAGGAGUACCCUGACCGCAUGAUGCUGACGUUCUCAGUGUUCCCCUCACCAAAAGUAUCUGAUACUGUGGUUGAGCCAUACAAUGCAACUCUCUCAGUCCAUCAGCUGGUUGAGAAUGCUGAUGAGUGCAUGGUUCUUGACAACGAGGCUCUGUAUGACAUCUGUUUCAGGACUCUUAAGCUGACCACACCUAGCUUUGGGGACUUGAACCAUCUAAUCUCUGCUACCAUGAGUGGAGUCACCUGCUGCCUAAGGUUCCCUGGUCAGCUGAAUUCCGACCUCCGGAAGCUGGCAGUGAACCUUAUCCCAUUCCCUCGCCUCCACUUCUUCAUGGUGGGCUUCGCUCCAUUGACAUCCCGUGGGUCUCAGCAGUACCGUGCCCUCACGGUCCCAGAGCUCACACAGCAAAUGUGGGAUGCCAAGAACAUGAUGUGCGCCGCCGAUCCUCGUCAUGGCCGUUACCUCACCGCCUCUGCCAUGUUCCGUGGAAAGAUGAGCACAAAGGAGGUGGACGAGCAGAUGAUCAACGUCCAGAACAAGAACUCGUCCUACUUUGUGGAGUGGAUCCCCAACAAUGUCAAGUCCAGCGUCUGUGACAUCCCGCCGACGGGGCUCUCCAUGGCGUCCACCUUCGUUGGCAACUCGACCUCCAUCCAGGAGAUGUUCCGGAGGGUGAGCGAGCAGUUCACUGCCAUGUUCAGGAGGAAGGCUUUCUUGCAUUGGUACACUGGUGAAGGCAUGGACGAGAUGGAGUUCACCGAGGCGGAGAGCAACAUGAACGACCUCGUCUCGGAGUACCAGCAGUACCAGGAUGCCACUGCUGACGAGGAGGGCGAGUACGAGGAUGAGGAUCAGGAGCCUGAGGAGGACAUGUAAGGUGGGAUGUCCAUGUCGUGCUUUGCUGGGUGGGGGUUCUGGGGGCAGAGUUUGAUCUGUUUGGUGCUUUGUUAUAAAUCUGUUUAUCAUCGCAACUACCGCUUGUACGCCACCGCCAUUCUUCCUGCCUUUCCUAAGCUCUGUAUUUCCUAUGUUAUGGCACCUUUUCGGUAUUGUAUCACUUGAUGCCGUGCGGUAUGUUCUGUGUUGA